UUCAGUCCUGUUCCUCUCACUGUUCAGUGAUCACUAAUCUGCGCUCUCUCUCUACCCCCCCAUCCCUCUCUUUCUCUCCUCCUCUCCAACAAGGUUUUCUUCCACUACAACCCAGACGAUGUGAUUAAUAACAGUUUCGGGGACAGGACUGUGGUAUCGGUGGGGAUAAAUGUUCCUUGGUGUCUGUGUCCCUCCAUCUCCCUCAGCAGCAGCAGGUGAUCAACCAACUGUCCACCUGUUCUGCUGUUCCAGACAGCAUCCAGGUGAGCCUCAGACGGAAAGAUGGGAAAAGCACUCAAUGAUCUGAUGCAGUACUGGAGGCUUUACCUGUUGACGUUGGUAUUGGGAAUUGGGGGAUCAUUUCAAUAUGGGAUGCAAGUUUCCAUCAUGUCUUCUCCAGCAGAGCACAUACAGAGCUUUGUGAACCAGACCUGGCUGGGGAGGUAUGAGGUUCCAGUAGACGAUUCCACCAACAUGCUUAUCUGGUCUUUCAUCGUAUCUGUGUUUAGUCUAGGAGGAUGGGUCGGGGCUAUCCACAGUGGCAGUCUCCCUGUCACCUACGGCCGGAAGAAAGCCCUGCUGUUCAACAACAUAGUGGCCCUUGUAGCCGCUCUACUGAUGGUAUUCAGUUUCACGGCCAAGUCCUUUGAGAUGAUCCUGCUGGGCAGAUUUCUCUAUGGAUAUAAUGUUGGCAUGGGGCUGAGUGUGCACCUGAUGUACCUGGGCGAGAGUUCACCUAAGAAGCUGAGAGGAUUCCUGACCCUCACUAGCUCCAUCUUUAUUGGCUUAGGGAAGGUCAUGGGUCAGAUUGUUGGCAUCAAGGAGGUGAUGGGUACAGAUGACAUGUGGCCCUGGCUGAUGGCCCUUGGUGGCCUCCCUGCCAUCAUCCAGUUUGUGACCCUGCUCUUUUUCCCAGAAGCACCUCGCUACCUGUACAUCGACAAAGGCGACACAGAGGGCUCAAAAAAAGCCCUGCAGUGGCUGUGGCAGGAGGAUGACCUGAAGAUGGAGAUGGAUGACAUGGAGAAGGAGAGGGAGAGCAUGCAGGGCCAGAAGUCUAAGACAGUGUGGGACGUGCUGACUUCUCGCUGUGUCAGGUGGCAAGUGCUGGCUCUGGUCAUCCCCUGUGCCUGUGUUCAGUUUUGUGGUAUUAACGCAAUUUAUUUCUACGCUUUUGACAUAUUCCAUGAAUCUGGAGUAGCAGAGGACAAUAUGCACUACCUGUCCAUUGGCAUCGGAACAACAGAACUCAUCUCCAUCAGUCUCUGUUCUCUGUUGAUAGACCGUGCGGGCAGGAAGAUGCUGAUGGGCUAUGGCUACCUGUUGAUGGGAGUCAUCAUGUCCAUCCUUGUUGUUAUGCUGUCCAUCAAGGACCUGUUUUCAUGGUUCCCUUAUGUUAACAUCGCCCUCAUCUUCUCUGUCAUCUGUGUUUAUGGACUAGGACCUUCCGGGGUGUCCAUGGCCCUCCCUGCAGAUCUCUUCCUGCAGGCCUGGAGACCGUCCGCUUACGUCAUCAGCGGCUCCGUCAACUGGCUAGGCCUGUUCCUCAUCGGGAUGUUCUUCCCCUACAUAGUGGAUGCUCUAGGCCAGUUCUGCUUCCUGGUCUUUGUGGCAUACUGCAUGUUCAGCUCAGCGUUCAUGCUCUACUUCAUCCCAGAGACCAAAGGCAAGAGCAUGGUGGAGAUCAUGGAGGACUUUAACAAACUCAACUACAAGAAUAGGGGGACAGACACCGAAAAGGCUGACUUUGUUUUGGAAACAACAUUUUGAGAACAUGUGUUUAUACAGUAUACACUACCGUUCAAAAGUUUGGGGUCACUUAGAAAUAUCCUUUUUUUUUUGUCCAUUAAAAUAACAUCAAAUUGAUCAGAAAUACAAUGUUAAUGUUGUAAAUUACUUUUGUAGCUGGAAAUGGCAGAUUCUUAAUGGAAUAUCUACAUAGGCGUACAGAGGCCCAUUAUCAGUAACCAUCACUCUUGUUUCCAUUGGCACGUUGUGUUAGCUAAUCCAAGUUUAUCAUUUUAAAAGGCUAAUUGAUCAUUCGAAAACCCUUUUGCAAUUAUGUUAGCACAGCUGAAAACUGUUGUGCUGAUUAAAGAAGCAAUUACAACUGGCCUUUAGACUAGUUGAGUAUCUGGAGCAUCAGCAUUUGUGGGUUCAAUUACAGGCUCAAAAUGGCCAGAAACAAAGAACUUUCUUCUGUAACUCGUCAGUCUAUUCAUGUUCUGAGAAAUGAAGGCUAUUCCAUGUGAGAAAUUGCCAAGAAACUGAAAUUCUGGAAACUGAAAUUCUGGUACAACGCUGUGUACUCCCUUCUCAGAACAGUGCAAACUGGCUCUAACCAUAUUAGAAUGGACAGCUAAUAUGAGUCAAUCACCACCUUCCGGAGACACCUGAAACCCCACCUCUUUAAGGAAUACCUAGGAUAGGAUAAAGUAAUCCUUCUCACCCCCCCCCUUAAAAGAUUUAGAUGCACUAUUGUAAAGUGGCUGUUCCACUAGAUGUCAUAAGGUGAACGCACCAAUUUGUAUGUCGCUCUGGAUAAGAGCGUCUGCUAAAUGACUUAAAUGUAAAGAGGAGUGGGAGGCUGGCCUUCUAGGCAGAGUAGCAAAGAAAAAGCCAUAUCUCAGACUGGCCAAUUAAAAGAAAAGUUGAAAAUGGGCAAAAUAACAGACACUGGACAGAGGAACUCUGCCUAGAAGGCCAGCAUCCCGGAGUUGCCUCUUCACUGUUGACAUUGAGACUGGUGUUUUGCGGAUGCUAUUUAAUGAAGCUACCAGUUGAGGACUUGUGAGGCAUCUUUCUCAAACUAGACAUGUAAUGUACUUGUCCUCUUGCUCAGUUGUGUACCGGGGCCCCCCACUCUUUAUAUUUUCGUUAGGGCCAGUUUGCGCUGUUCUGUGAAAUUUCUAAGUGACCCCAAACCUUUGAACGGUAGUGUAUAUUUUUUUUAUGCACUAUACAGUUCUUUCUAAAAGCCCAAAGCUGUGAAACAAUGGACCAGUUUCCUGGAAACAGAUGAAGCCUAGUCCUGGACUAAAAAAAAGACAUGCUCUGCUUAAUCUGUGUCUGGAAAUUCAAGUGAAAAAAUAUGUUUAGGUAAGGACUACUUGAUAUAACAUGUCGAUUCAAUACGGUAUAUUAUCAUUGAUUAUACAACAAGACACUAGAUUAGGGCCCUCUAUUUCAUGACUGUAAACCUAUUAGAUCAAUACCAUUUCUGAUGUCAGUGUGGUAUUUAUUAACUUAUUGAAACCUGCAAUGACAUCAACCCCAAUGACAUGACACUGAAAACAAAACAAUGUUCCUGGGAAAGAAUGACAUAUCUGUAUGUCCUUUCCAACACCUGAAUGUCACCAUCAGUAUGUAGCAGAUGUCUGUGCAGUUUGACUGUCUGGAAGGGAGUAAAAAUAAAGAUGUAUAUUACACUAAAUUGUGUUUCAUCAAUAAUGUAGCCUUUACGCUACAAUGUUUUAUUCUGCACUAAUCUAUUCUGCACAGUAACAUCGUGUUAAUUUUCUACUUGUGGCCACAUGAAGAGCUUGAAUCCAGUCAGUGACAUGGCUAAAUAAGUGAACCAUGAUGUGUCAUGAAAAGUAAAUCAAAGACAACUCAUCCAAAACUAUGGCACAAUAACACACUCAGGAACAGUUUCAAAUACAUAUUUAUUUCAUCCCCAACUCUGUAUCAAUCAGACAGAGAUGACAGACUCAAAAACAGUGUACAAAAACAGACGUCUAUAGAAAAGUAUGCUUAUAUUGAAAUAUGUCCAAAGGUUUAAUAAAACAUGUAACUUAAAAAUGUUUAAAGUUGAAGAAUCUUGAGAAGUACAAUGAUAAAAUACCAACAUACAUAUACAAAUGUACAUCUUCUUUGUGUGCAUGUUAUGUGUACAAAAGUGUCAUUGCAAUUCACUCUGCGCAUGAUUGACCAUUUAUAGAAAUAGGUCCUUUUUCAUCUCGCAUUUCAAAUCUACUGCUGUGCACAAUCAGUAUUGGGAAGGCACUUUGCAACAGACCAACAUAACAAUACAAGAAAACAACACAGGUAAGUAUCUAAGCAAUCAAUCAAUAAAAACAUCCUAUAAAUUGAACUACCAAAACAGGUGAGAUAAACAAACAACCAAUACCACCAGAUGAAUUGAAUAGCAUGUAUGGGCGAUCACCAGUGUUGCAUAUCAUAUGAGCAUAUUUCUAAAAACAGCAUUGUCUCUUACUUAUCCAAUAAA